GCGGGAAAGGAAAAAAGAAAAAAAGAAAAACCUUCAAUCGCUUUCGUUUUCGAUAGAGCUGAUUUUGAAUCCAAUCUCAAUUAGGUAUUUUGAUUAUCUGUUUCUCAAAUAAUGGCUCAGGCGGUGGAAGAAUGGUAUAAGCAGAUGCCGAUUAUAACAAGGUCAUAUCUCACGGCGGCUGUUGUCACCACCGUCGGAUGUUCCCUCGAGAUAAUAUCACCGUAUAAUCUGUAUCUGAAUCCAACCCUUGUGGUGAAGCAGUAUCAGUUAUGGCGCCUCGUUACCAAUUUUCUUUAUUUCCGGAAUAUGGAUUUGGACUUCUUGUUCCAUAUGUUUUUUCUAGCUAGAUACUGCAAGCUCCUUGAAGAAAACUCCUUCAGGGGAAAGACUGCUGAUUUCCUUUACAUGCUCUUGUUCGGUGCAACUGUUUUAACCGGUAUCGUUCUCAUUGGCGGAACCAUACCUUAUUUGUCUGUCUCACUCUCCCAAAUCAUUUUCCUCAGCAACUCUUUGACUUUCAUGAUGGUUUAUGUAUGGAGCAAACAGAAUCCUUACGUCCACAUGAGUUUCCUUGGCCUUUUCACUUUUACAGCUGCGUAUUUACCAUGGGUGCUUCUUGGAUUCUCUGUCCUUGUUGGUGCAAGUCCCUGGGGUGAUUUACUGGGAAUGAUAGCAGGUCACGCUUAUUACUUCUUGGCCUUUGUGUAUCCACGAAUGACGGAUCGACGUCCCUUGAAAACCCCAUCUUUCCUCAAAGCCCUUUUCGCUGAUGAGCCUGUGGUGAUUGCACGGCCAGAAGAUGUGAGGUUUGCUCCUGCCCCCUUUGAUGAAAUUCACCAAGACUGAGUCUUCAUCCUCCACACAGCACAGUUUAAGUUAAAGGGCACCAUGGUGUACACAUUCAUUGACUCUUGAUUGUGGAUAAUGUGGAAGUUUUUUUCCCUUGUCCGACUUACAUUUAUGUGUUUACCCCUUUGUGCAUAUAUGAACGCUUAUUGUGUACAAAAUCUCUAAAAAUUCAAGUUUAUAGUA